CCUCCCUUUAAGCACUCUUCUACCUCCAUUCCCCGGUGCUUGCGCGGACAGAGAAAAGCAGACCUCUCGUCUACGCGGAAGAGGUGAAAUUUCUGCUGAUUCAGUGAUGUCUGGAAAUGGCAUGAGCUUUGCGUUUGCCCCCCCUGCAUUUCUCCUCUCCAUCCAACCACCCACCCAACUUUAAUGCAUCCCCCCCACCCUUCCUCCGAGCUGCAGCAGUAGAGUCUCUCCUGCGGUAUAAACCUUAUUCACGCGCCGAGGUGCCGCCGCACGAGCAUCGCACCGCACAAGGCAGGCUGCGGCUUCCCGGCUUCGGUUUUUAUUCCAUUCUAGCACUUUAUUUGUACCACUUGCUAGGUCUGAGUCGUAAUCUCACCUGUAUUAUUUCGUGUGUGCAUUUUAAAGCACCCGUUUAUACACAACUCUUCAGCGUUUGCGACUUAAGAUGGUCAGGUGUCAUAUGGCCAAGGAUGAAACAUCUGCAGUUUCCUAAGGACUGUCAGCAUACGACAAAACAUGUGAAGUGUUAAUGAAUGAACCCAAGAAGGAAGAAGAUCUUUACUGUUAGAUGACAAGAGGGAUUUCAACCUUUUCCAAUAUCGACAAGAGAGGCAGCAGUAGCGGAUGCAGUGGAAAGGAGCGAUGGUGGAGUCAGCGGGAGCUGCAGUGGGUCCACACUGAGGAAAACCAGUCUAGAUCAUAGCUGCACAACCGAGCCAGCUGUGUGGGCACAAAAUCAAAGCAGGACAGGGAAAGUGAGCUGAAGAGAAUUUCAGGACAAGAACCUCAUGUCUGUUCCAUUACACUAACCACAGUCCCACAUCUCCUGCAGUGCUUCGACUUGGACUUGCAGGAUGACCGUAGUGGCCGGCGAUAACAUGGAUGAAACAUCAGCUGUCCCGGGGCAUCCGCAGGACACGUAUUCCCCUGACCAUGAUGACCAUGAAUGCUGUGAAAGGGUGGUUAUCAACAUCGCUGGGCUGCGCUUUGAAACACAACUCAAAACACUUGCUCAGUUUCCAGAGACACUGCUUGGGAACCCAAAGAAGAGAAUGCGUUAUUUUGAUCCUUUGAGAAAUGAGUAUUUCUUUGACCGUAACCGUCCUAGUUUUGACGCAAUCCUCUACUACUAUCAGUCUGGGGGGCGGUUGAGGAGGCCAGUAAAUGUCCCAUUGGAUAUGUUCUCGGAAGAAAUUAAGUUCUAUGAACUUGGAGCUGAGGCAAUGGAGAAGUUCCGUGAGGAUGAAGGAUUCAUCCGAGAAGAAGAAAGACCCUUGCCUGAACGAGAGUUCCAACGGCAGAUCUGGCUUCUGUUUGAGCACCCUGAGAGCUCAGGGCCAGCCAGAGGAAUUGCCAUAGUGUCUGUUAUGGUCAUUUUAAUUUCCAUUGUCAUUUUCUGUUUAGAGACUUUGCCAGAACUGAAGGAGGACCCUGCAGGACGUAUAAAGAUAAUAGGGAACAUCACUUAUUACUACAAACCAAGCAUCCUUAAAGACCCCUUCUUCAUUGUAGAGACCCUCUGCAUAAUCUGGUUCUCAUUUGAACUUAUAGUAAGAUUCUUUGCCUGUCCCAGCAAGGCAGCCUUCUUUAAGAACAUGAUGAACACCAUAGAUGUAGUAGCUAUCAUCCCUUACUUCAUUACAUUGGGCACAGAGUUAGCAGAAGAAACGGGUAAGGAGGGUAAGGAGGGCAAGGGGGAACAGGCAACAUCACUGGCCAUUCUCAGGGUGAUUCGUCUGGUCAGGGUGUUUAGGAUCUUCAAGCUGUCCAGACAUUCCAAAGGCCUGCAGAUUUUAGGGCAGACCCUAAAAGCGAGUAUGCGUGAGCUUGGAUUGCUUAUCUUCUUCCUCUUCAUUGGUGUCAUCUUGUUUUCGAGUGCCGUGUACUUUGCAGAAGCUGAAGAGGCAGAAUCACACUUCGGCAGUAUCCCUGAUGCGUUCUGGUGGGCUGUUGUAUCAAUGACCACAGUUGGCUAUGGUGACAUGGUCCCUGUCACUAUAGGGGGCAAAAUCGUAGGCUCUCUGUGUGCAAUCGCUGGUGUGCUGACCAUUGCCCUACCAGUGCCUGUCAUCGUAUCCAACUUCAACUACUUCUACCACAGGGAAACUGAGGGUGAGGAGCAAGCACAACUUCUGAACGUGAGUAACCCCAAUAUCGCUUCUGACUCCGAUUCCAGCCGCCGCAGUUCCUCAGUUGUCAGCAAGUCUGAGUAUAUGGAAAUCGAUGGAGACAUGAACAACAGCAUGGACAACUUCAGAGAGGCCAACCUUAGAACUGGAAACUACACAAUACCUAACCAAAAUUGUGUUAACAAAAGUAAGCUGCUAACUGAUGUUUAGAGUCCAAAUAUGUACCACAGGACGGUCGCCAUUCAGUAGUCAAAUACUUUAUUAAACUCCCUAGUGCACUCCUGUAUUACACCUAUUAUUCUCUUCUGCAGAUGAAAGGAGAACAGUCGAAAACAUACAAUAUGCUUUUAGAAUAUGAGAUAAAGUUAGCUAGUUAGUUUAAUGAAUUUCUGACAGGGCAAUGCACAUAGGCUAUGCAUAGGAAAAACAUCCUUCUAUAGAAUGAAUGUAUAGGAAUACUUCACCAAAAGGCCAUGGAGAGGACUCUGGAUCACUGUUCUGAGAUGGCAGUGAAGUGAUGUUAAAACAUUAUGCAUGGAUUACAGAUUACAUAUCAGCAAGUUGCACAGUGCAUCCAAAACACAAAGAGCAUAAAAUUACUCAGUUUCACAAGGACAAGCCAAGCCAUCUGCAGUGUUUGGCCUAUAUUUGGUCCUCCCUACAGUACUCCAGACCUACUGACCAGCAAAGCACCUUAUACGAACAAAACUGAUCUCCUGGUGGGAUGCUGUGGGAGAAAAAAGACAUUUCCUCAUGGACAUCCGCAAUGCUGCUAUUCUCCAGCAGAAGCUGUAAUAGAUAUCACCAAGUGAUUUGAUGCCAUGCCCUUUAGAUGCAAGACAGCACAAUGACGGGAAAAAUAGCUUAUUAAUAAGCAUGUUUAGACUCAUUUUGAUAUCAGCAUGUGUGAGAUGUUACCUCAUUCUAUAUGAUAUCUUUUUUUCCUUGCCAUUUAUUCCCUAUAGUUCGUUUCCAUGAAAAGUGCACUGGUUUGAUAUGAUUUGAAAUGCUGCUCAUUUAAGCAUAUCUUAAGGACUGAAUGUUUAAACUUAAGGGAAACAGGAUCUUGAUGGGAUCAUAGCAUGUUAAAAUAACUUGCAUUAUGGCCUAUUCAGACUAAGGUACUGUGUAUCCUAGUGUAUUUAAUGCAUGACAGCAGUAUUAUACAGCUUGUUGCUAUUUAGACACUCCUCGAGAGUGUUUUUGUUACUAUCAGGAAAAUUACGGACUUUGAGUCCUGACAGUUUCUGAAAUGUGACAAAAAAAAAAAAAAACAACAACUUAGGCAAGCCCCAGCACAGGGAUGCAAACUUUCUAAUCUAAAAAGUAGUCAAAGAAGCAAAGAAAACAAAACAAAUAAUAACACAAAAUUGCAUAUACUCAUACUAAGUACCUGUUAAAAUCAAUAUAACUUAAAUAAUGCUGUGCAUGGGCCUUUGAUCAAAAGAAAAAAAACAACAACACAGCGAGCAAAAUAUAAUUCAUGCUUCCAUUUUUUGCAGUCAAAUUUUUAAAUGUCAAGGAUUUCAUUUAGUAGGAUGCAACAGAAAAAAAACAGCAGAAUUAUUUUUUUUUAUUUUUUUAGUUUAUAGUGCCUUUUGACCCUCUCAACAACAGGAUAGGUGAAAGUGCCUCAGUACGACAGAUUUCAUGGAAUUAGGGCAGCCCCAUGCCACAUGUUGAGGAUGAGCACUAGUGUGGGUAUGUGUAAAAAGAAAAAACAAAAAAAAAUAAAGGUA